CCCUGACAAACGUGGCCGGCACCACGGACUUCCGCAACUAGUCUUCUACACCAUUUGAGGCUGGAUCAGAGCCAUUUCCCUCAACAACCCACACCGCUCGCAUUCCAGCCGCAUCGAAUCCCAGAUGGCUCCACCGUCCGGUCCUUCCAACCAGGAAGAUGCUGUAAGGCGGCAAACCAAGAGAGCCCCUUUCAAAUUUCUGGUUCCUCUCAUAUACGCCCCCGUUCUUCCUUUAAUUCGUCUUUCGCUCCGGCAUAGACCCGUUUUAAGAGAUCGUUUGUUCACUGCUGUGCUGGCGGGGGCGUUUGCUCAUGGCUUUUAUCUAGUAACUGAUCUUUACGACAUUGAGAGCAAGUGAUUCUGUGGGGAAUAGUUCAUACAUCUGGGCCGGCAUUAUCCACAUAAUUUCAAUAAGUUUUUGACCACAUUGCUGCUAAACCAUUCAGGUAGCGCCUUAAUUAGCAUUGGUCAAUUUUGGUUUUGUAUUAUUAUUUUUCAAUUUGUUAUGGACAGUGCUGUGCUUUGUUGUAUUUUUUUGAGAAUUGAAUUCUUCGUUGGCGCUUAAAUUUUCAUUGGUUGUAUAAGUAAACAAAGUUGAUUAGUUUUGGAAGAUUAUCCUGUCAAACUGAAGUUUGAUGGACCAGCCUUAGAUUUAA